UUCCCUACGAAUUGAGCAUGCAUUUCCUCACGAAACCACCUGUUUGUGCAAACGUGGAAGCAAUCCUUCUGGGGUGGCAAUGUGAUGUCAUCAAUGAGAGUUCGUCAAGAAUGACGACUGCACCCCACACCGCACGGGUUUGCACUGAGCACCUGUAAUUGAAAAGACGUGAUUUUUCUGUGAAGGCUGAUAACGUGACAGCGGAUGUCUUAGUGGCUGGACACAGACAGUAUUUUGGUGAGAUUUUUUUGGUUUUAACUUUUUAAAAGAAGCUGACUGGGUUAGCUUAUUUUAUGAAGAAUGAGAAUGCGUUAAAAUCCAAGGUAUAGACUACAGCUGGGUUUCCAUCCAACUAAUUUGCAUAUUUUAAGGGCAUUCAUGACAGUUCGGCCAAAGAAAAUUCGAGUCUGCGCGUUUCCACCCAGGAUUUCCUAUUCAAAUGGUAAAAAAAAUUGCAUUAAAAAGUUGGACAGAAACCCAGCUAUUGAGAGUAUUAUGCACUCUGCGCUGAUCGAGUGGAAGCAGUAGAUGCUAUGAUCUUUUGCGGGUGAACAUAGCGAACAUUUACUCUACUGUGACGGGAAAUUCAACCACUCUUUUAAACCCUGUUAAAGACUGAUUCAAGUAUAAUGGCGGAGACUUUGUAUUAUCUCAAUGUGUCUGAGGAGAACAGAUCUGCUUGGGACACCUCCGCCUCCUCCUCUUUCAGCGGACUGGACAAACUGUUUGAGCUCCGGCCCCUCUUCAUCCCUCUAUACACAAUGGUAUUCCUGGUGGCCUGUUCAGGCAACCUCCUGCUGCUCCUCCUCAUCGGCUUCAACAAGAAGCACCACAGCACCACCAACUUCCUGAUCGGUAACCUGGCCUUGGUCGACCUGGUCAUGUGUAUCUUCUGUGUGCCUCUGACAGCCUCCUACGCCUUUGACAAGCGGGGGUGGGUGUUUGGCCACUUCACCUGCCACUUUGCCACCCUCAUGCAGCCUGCCACAGCGUUCGCUGCUGUGCUUUCCCUGACGGCCAUAGCGGUGGACCGCUACGUGGUCGUGGCCUACCCCAUCCGCCGGCGAGCAGGGCGCCACUUCUGCGGCGGGCUUGUGGUCACCAUCUGGAUCUGCGCCUUGGUUAUGUCCACCCCGACUGCACUGCACACCGGCUACCUGGACCUGAGCGCCACUGGCCAGCAGAUGAUCAUCUGCGAGGAGUUCUGGCACGGCCAGGAGCGAGGGCGCCUGAUCUACUCCUGCUUCUUCCUGCUGCUCUCCUACUUUGUCCCCCUCGGUGCCGUCUCUGUCUCCUACUGCGCCAUCUCCGUCCACCUGCGCAACAGAAACUUGCCCAGCCUGAUGGCGGCGCGCUCUUCAAACCAGGAGAAAUGGGGUCGGAAGCGGAGGAAGACCUUUCGACUCCUGCUUGUCUCCGUGCUGUGCUUUGCCUUCUCCUGGUUGCCCUUGCAGGUGGUCAACCUCAUCCACGACCUAGACAGUGACUUCUCCAUCCUGGGCAAGGACCACGUGAAUGUCAUCCAGGUGUCGUGCCACCUGUUCGCCAUGUGCUCGGCAUGUUACAACCCGUUCAUCUACGCCUCCCUCCACGACAAGUUUCUGGCUUACCUGUGCCGCCGCUUCUUGGCCAGGCGUAGGAUGGAGCACGUCAGGAACAGCCUCAACACCUCCAACCGCUUGACUCGCGUGCACACCUCCUCCACGUUGAUCGACAUUCCUAUGGCCAUCAGCGGCAAGAUAGCCAGGGAAGAAUUUGCUGCUCUCCGUUAAGGUCUUGAUCAUGUGCUGGUGAAUGGUUUGUAAUAUUGGGUUUUACACCUUUAAAAUAAUGCAUUGGAGACAGACGUAGGUGGGACACCUGAGUAGAUAUGUAGAUGUAUGAUCAUAUGGGUAAUGUAGAUAUUUAGCAUGGUGUUAUGAUGUGGUUUCUACACAUACUAUUUAAUAAACAUUAUUGAGUGCAAUCCACAGAACACAGCUUCUAACAAGAUUAUGUUACGGUUCAAGGACUGCUACUGAACCAGAUGUUCACCACCUCCUAAAUGGAAAUUGCCACUUCUACUAAUGCGUAUCUGUGAACACAGUAAAACCAGGUCACCUGGUUUCCCAUCAUUUUAUGGCUGUUGUUCAGGUUCCCCUGAUUUCACACGAGGAAAAUAUGCAGUUAUUAAGGCAUCCAAUUCAUUUUUAAGGGAAAAUGUAAAUGUAUGUGUUAGAUUAAACAUAAUGUUAUUUGUCUGAGAAAAAUAGCUUUGCCUGUUAAUUCCACUUUCAAUUUGUGCUGUACACAUUUUAAUGGACAAAUAUACUGUUCACCAGACCUCAAAACCUUUUUUGUGGUUGCCUUUGGCGAUCUUUGUUGGUGCUUUGAUUGUCAAAGCAAAUCCAGGUGAGAGAUAAAGAAUGUGAUAUCGAUUUUACCGUCUUGCAAGAGCCCCUACAUCCAUAGAGCAUGUGGCCCAAGACCCAGAUUUAAGACAACUCUCAAGCCUUUUGACAGUUGAGACGUGUGUUGUAGAUGAAUGCAGCCAGUGAAUAGGGGAAGACAAACUAUUUAAGUGCCUUUGAAGUAGUUGGAUACAUGGUUGUAGUUGCUCUGUAUUCUGGCAGAGGCUAUAACAAGGACUGCAAUCUUGCUGUGAUCGUUCUGUCUUCGGCUCCCUAUUGUGUGCAUCAAGAGAAUAAAUCCAGCCAUUGAAUACUAUUCACACACACACAAAAAAGGCCGGUGCACUGACUGACACAGUCACUUCAAAGAUACAGACUUCAGUCUAUCACCUGGCAGACCAAUGCACCAACAAUGAAGACUGAUGAUAGACCGUAAAUUCCAUCUAGCCUCCAUCUAGACAGAAUUGGAUAUGAUAGCCAAUGACCUCAUCCACUGUUGAGGAAUUGGGGUUGCAAUGGACUCCAGCGGCUGGGAAAGCAUUGAUUAUACACAGUCCAUCUUCUCAUUCAUGUCAAACACUGCAGAGCUGGAGGUGGGAAUGUUAUCAUGCUGAGUAGCUUGUUAAGACAGCACGCACUGGUCGACUUGUGUAGGGGCAUCUAAAUAAUAAUAAUAAUAAUUCAUUUUAUUUAUCUUCAUUCAGAAGAAUCUCAGAGUGCCAAUGCCACAGAGCAUCUGAACACCACCUCAGCUAGGACUAUUCUCACAGCUCUGCUGUUUUCUUUAGAAGAAUUGAUUUUUUUUUUGGCACUAGAUGAUACCCCAUGCUAAAAGGCAAAGAUUACUGAAGCCAGGUCCCAGUUCACUUCAGUGGGAUGAAAUAGAAUCAGUAACUCAGACUGCAAAUCCGCUCAGAGCCUUCUUGAGACAGUCAUGGAAAACGAAGGAGGGAGUAUGAACCUGCAAACUCCUGGAAUUCUGAAAGUCAUCUAAGAUUUUUGGUCACAUGAUCUGAGCCCUCU